AUUAGCCCAUCCAAUUAAGAGUAGAGGAAGAAAUUGAAGAGAUCACCAAGUAAAAUUUAAUGUCUUACCUAUGGUUUCCCUCACUAGGAUCAAAGCCCCUGUUUCCGUGAUUUCCUAUUAUCAACCUACAUUUCUGUUCUACUCAUCAACCAGCAAAGGUUGCUGGGAUCCAACAGUUUCAUUAACUCUCAAACAUCCGACGCUCUCGCGUCUUGAAAAUUGCAAAACUUCUGAUCACUUCAAGCAGAUUUUGUGCCAAAUGAUGCGCUUUCAUCUCACCACCCGAACAUUUCCCAUGAGCAGGCUUCUCUACUUCUCUGCGGUUUCUCACCCGGAGAAUCUCAAAGAUGCCAUUCUCCUCUUUAAGCACUUUACCCCCUUCCCCAAUCUCUAUAUUUGCAAUAUUAUGAUCUCAGCUCUGUCAUUGCCACUCUACAAGUUUAUGCUUUCAUCUUGCAUAUACCCUGAUGAACAGACCCUGCUUGCUCUUCUUAAAACUUGCGAGGAUUUGUCAGUGGGUAAAAAUAUCCAUGCCCACGCUGUCAUUUUUGGAUUCAGUUCUUAUACGUAUCUGCAAAAUUCUCUGAAAAAAAUGUAUAUGGGUUUUGGGAAGAUGGGUCUUGCUCAAAAGGUGUUUGAACGAUUGCCCGUGAAAGAUACAGUAUCGUAUAACAUCAUGAUAUCGGGUUAUGCCAAAAUGGGUUGCAUCUCUAGAGCGUUUCAUGUGCUUGAUGAUAUGCAGCAAUCUGGUAUUGAGCUGGAUCAUUACACGAUGGUAGGUCUUUUAAUGUGUUGUGGGCAUUUGAAAGAUGUACGUAUAGGAAAAUGCGUUCAUGGAUGGAUGAUAAGGAAAACUUAUUUGUGUAAUUGGGGCUUGGUGUUGAGUAAUGCCCUUUUGGAUAUGUAUGUCAAAUGCGAGGAUAUGAAGUGUGCUUCGACUGUUUUUUAUAGACUCUCUGAAAAGGAUUGCAUCUCAUGGAACAUAAUUAUGUCAGGAUUUGCUAGCAUUGGGGAAUUGGAUGCGGCGUUCGAAAUAUUCACUGAAGCGCCUGUGAGAGAUUUGGUCUCAUGGAACUCUCUGCUUGCUGGUUGUGCUCAAAAGGGUGAUAUUAUAAGAGUAGAGAAGCUUUUCAAGGCCAUGAUUGCUCAGAAUAUCAGACCUGAUAAGGUGACAGCUAUUAAUCUGGUUUGUGCCGCUGCAGAAAUGGGAGUUUUGAAUCAAGGGAGAUCUGUUCAUGGUUGGAUCUUAAAAGAGCACGGAAAUCUCGAUGCUUUCCUGGGAUCAGCGCUGAUAGAUAUGUAUAGCAAGUGUGGGAGCAUUGAAAGGUCUCUUUCUGUUCUCAAGGCUCUCUCUGAUAAAGAUAUUGCGGUUUGGACAGCGAUGAUAACGGGUCUUGCAUUCCAUGGUCGUGGAUCUAAAGCAUUAGAACUUUUCAAGAAAAUGGUAGAAGAAGAAGACCUACUUCCAAAUUCAGUGACGUUGCUUGCAGUUCUUACUGCUUGUAGUCAUGCUGGCUUUGUUGAGCAAGGCUAUAAAUUUUUCAAGGAUAUGAAGCAAAACUAUAGUAUUUAUCCGGGGGUGGAACAUUACGGGUGUAUGGUUGAUCUUUUUGCUCGAUCAGGAAGGCUAACGGAUGCCAUCGACUUGAUCAGAAGGAUGCCAAUGAAGCCGACUCCAUCAAUGUGGGGUGCUGUAUUAAGUGCAAGUAAAGCUUAUGGAGAUUUAAAACUCGCAGAAGCUGCUUUAAGGGAGCUCCAGAUGCUUGAACCGGAUAAAGAAGGUGGGUAUAUUUUGUUGUCUAAUGUGUAUGCGUCUUAUGGACAGUGGAGCUAUUCUAAUGAGGUUAGAGUGGCUAUGGAAAGUAGGGGGAUAAAGAAAAUGGCUGGUUGUAGUAGUUUGGUGGUAAAUGGGGUUGUUCAUGAGUUUGUUUCUUCUGAUAAGAGGCACCCAAGAGAAGAGGAUAUUAAUUUUGUAAUGCAUAACUUGCAUGGAGAGAUGAGGUUUCUUGCUGAAGUGAGAUGAUAGUUCUCAUGAUAUGAAGGCUUUUUGAUAUGAGAUGGUCUGUGCCCUAAGAUUGCCCUUGGCUAGUUUCAGGUGGAUAUUCAAUGAGUAAUACAACAAUCUACAAGCAAAUAACCUUAGUUUUCUUAUCAAUUUUCUCAGUUGAGGAUAAUAUAUCUUCACAUUGCAUAUAUUAUCAACAAUAUACUAUAUUACAACAACGGAAGCAACAAAAAAGCUGUUGUUCCAAAAUUUAAAUCUCUUCAUUCAUCUCUGUCAUGGAUCACCGCUACUUCAUCAACAACUGGAAAUGCCUUUUAUUACUUCCUUGGUCGAUGUUUAAUAGGGAACAAAAUCUAUGCACAUUAACUGAAUCGGAUGAACUUUCAUUAUCCUGGUUAAUGUUCUUUUAUGUCAUGCAACCUUGUGAUUUUCGGAGAUGGGCCAAAUCAGUAUAUAAUGGACGCAUAUGGAAACUUUUAUAUUACCAGAGACCAAAUACUGCUCAUAGAACACAGGGGGAGGAGCAGUUUGUUUUCCUAUAUCGUGCAAAGUUCACCUUCUUGAUCUCUCGAGAACGUGGCACUCUGUUUAGCGGAGAAACUGAUCUGAAGAGCAACUUGGAAUCUUUACGUAAAGCUGACAUUAAGCACCAAUUUGAAGGCCGAAAACAUGUAUCAAAAACCUUUUUGUAUUAUUGAUAAGAGGUUACAGUUCAGAGGUUUGUGCUAUAUAAACAGAAGACAGUCAUCACAUGAAAAUAUUAUACAUUCAUGAAGUCCCCUCGAGCCACUACCUAUCAUUGUCCUUUUUUGCUCUCCAUGUACCUAUGACAUGUGUAACUAUAUGUUGAAUUUUUCUGGUUAUAGUAGUAGAUGUUACACAUAUUGUUCGUAUUGACAUGCAAGAAAUCAUACAUCGGAGCACAACUGUAUAGACUCGAUGAAUUGGUGAGAAACUAUCAGGUGGGUACUGAGCUAGAUAUGUGGGUAUAUAAAAGGAGAGUUCUUUUGGAUGAAUGUAUUGUUAUGCCUCCAAAAUGCGGAG